AUGAGAGGACAACGUCAUACACGAGAUACUAUCCCUGCCAUGAUCCCAAGUUACUAUGCCCCAAGUUUGAUGCUCUCAGAAAGAGAUAACAAUGGAACUCCUACUCAAAGCAUCAGCAUGUCAACGGCCAGCAGCUCGACAUUCAUAUCUUCCUGCUUUGACAGGCCGACUCCCCAAACCUCUUCGGUGUAUACGGAACCUCCUCCAGUUGCCUCUCUACCGGAAUCGCAGCCAUAUGUGACUCCGUCAUUACUCACAUGCGAGUUCCUCGGCUUCGGGUACUGCGAUGUUGUGUUCGACUUGAACGACGAAUCCCGCUGGAUUGCACACAUUGCGAGCUUCCACCUUCGCAGCAUCUUCCCAACGGUGUGUAUCUGCUGGUUCUGUGACCGUACAUUCACAGCAUCCUCCCACAACCAAGCAGAUGCUGAGAUUAGCUAUCGGAAGCGCAUGCAUCAUAUUGCAAAGCACUUUCGCAACGGUCUUUCGGGGCGGCAGAUGCGUCCAGAUUUCUUCCUUCUUGAUCACUUAUACCAGAACCGGCUGAUCAAUGAAGAUAUGUAUCAGAGAGCAAGAGACUAUCACGAAGCCUCUCAGGUCCAAAUUCGGAACCUGUACCCUGCAGGCUGGAGGCCAGAUCACCAUCAGGAGCCGGCGGUGGUGGAAACCAGUCGGUCAAGGCAUCCGGGGUCGUCAACCCGAAAUCGUGCGCCGCAGGGUUACUAUCGCUGA